AUGGUGUUGCCAUUCAUGCGUGUGACCAUUGACGAGGUUCGGGAUCCCCAGGCUCAGGUGCCUGUACCCACUCCAGAAAUUAACUUUGUGGGGGAGGCCAUAGGAACAUUUAUUGCCUGGCCUAGAGCAUUGAUCAUGUCCCACAUCGCGACUCCACAGUUCACACGUCCUCAGAAGCAGCCAAUUCAUGAUACAGUCAUACAUGAAGAUGAUGACAUGGCUGAAGCAGAGGAUGAUCCUAUAUCAAAGUUAGUGACAAAAUUACCCAGAUUGAAGAAAGCAUCAUUACAACUAUACUGGGAUUUGAGGGUAUUUGGUCUUCCCCCACAUGUGCCAGUUUAUAUCACAUUUUCUGAUGCAUUGGAGGUGAUUGAGGGAGACAGGAUGUUGAAUAUUUCCAUCAUUCAGCUGUGGUGCAUGUACAUGGACACAAUCGUUGUAGACCAAGGUCGGUCUUCCAUGUACGGAUUUGUUGAACCUCAGACCAUUCAACCGUCUGGUAACACACUUCAAAACAGACAACAUUAUUUGCAAACGUGGAUGGAUGAGUCCAAAAGAGACAUAUACCUUGUGCCAUACAUUGACGGGUACGUGUUUUUAUAUGUGGUCAGUUUAUUAUUAUAG